GGUCGGUCUUGUCUUUUUCCAACACUUCUACCGGCAACUUGUAAAACAACGGGAUAAAAAACUUUACAAAAAAAUUGCAUUGGAAAUUAGGAAUAUCUGAUUUACUCUAUUAUGGCAGACUCAGUGCAGAAUAGGGCAUCGAAACGAUCGCGUUCGUUGGACGAGGACGAUGCAAACAAUAAUUUUACCCAAACGAAAGUCUGGGUUAACCAAAAAAUGAGCGAUUCUCGCGACCCACAGAAAAUGAAGGAGGUUCAUGAGAAAACGACCAAAAUGCUUUUCGACGGUGCUGCCGGCAGUGGGCAAAGUCAGAGUCAGGGCCAGAACGAACCGAAUGGCCAGGAGCAGCGGCCGGCCCUCUUUGAGCAGUACCAACUGCUCGGCGAUGGUACAAUACUGCUGCGUAACCUUCGAGCCGACAUGGCAAAUCCGCGCCUGGAGCGCCAAAAAUCGCGCUGCUGCCAGCGUCAAACUCUCAUCCACGACACCUGUGUGAACUGCACCAUGGAUCUCUGCGAGGAGUGCGGCUAUUCCUGCGUCGAGUGCUCGCAGUUUAUAUGCCGCAGCUGCGUCACCCUGUUUGGUAAUCGUUCCGGUGACGCCGACGAUCCGCUGUGCGAGCGCUGUCAGAUGUUUUUUACCUAGAGCUGUCCAACGAACCGGGCCACCCAGCCAACUGCAGCCAAUCUCGCAGAAAAAACUCAUGGUGCUCUUUAAAUUUUAAGUUCUAAAUCAGUACAAAUUAGGACACUCAUGAUGCAUAGGGUACUUAU